GGAAGGGAUGGUCAUGGUGUAAUCUGCUGCAGAAUUGAAAACCUAUUUUAACUGUAUAUUCUGAAAAAAAUUUGUAAAUUUACUUUAAAAUGACUCUUUAACCGUGAAGUAUGUAGACGAAGUGGAUUUAAGCAGUUUUUCUGCUAUACUGAAAAGAGCUAUGACUAUGCAUAAUGCGUUCUUACUAGACGGUAUGGCUAGCUGACUGGAAUUUGUAACAACUUUAUUGUCUUUAAACAAUUGUUAAAGAAAUUGUCAUGGACCGUGUGGAUGUAUUAGGAGAAAAUGAGGCGUUACAACAAUUCUUUGAAGUAAUUCAUUUCCCGUCUCCGGAGGAGUCUGUUCAUCUAAAUGAUUGUCAGGAUGUACACAGAGCGUUGGAUAAUCCUAUGGUGGAUACGAGCAUGCUGGAGGAGUAUAUUUGUGGAGCAUUAUUACCAGACUCUCCACCUGAUUCUGGAUCAGAGCCAUGUUCACCCCCACAAAUCAUUGGUCGAAUUCCCCCUGCUUGCUGGUCCAGUGGGCUGCAAUCCUCGCUUUUAACACAUUCUUCAGGAUCCUGCAGAUACGUGGAACAAUCUCCAAACAUUGGCGGCCAUUCCCUUCCUGCUCAACAAGAUAGCUGUAUGAAAAUGAACAGUCAAGGCACAGCUUGGAAUGGUUCCCCACCACCAUCUUGCAUGGAAUACAGUUAUCCAUAUAUUCAACAGAGGGUCUCCCCAAGCAACAGGUCUUCAUUUUCUUCAUCUAAGAAGCGAAAGCAUAUACAGUUGGAGGAAAGCGAGAACUGGUCACAGACUUGGACUAUGGACAAAAGACUAACACCACCUGUUGACACGCAUGGAUAUGAAAGUGAUGGUCAGACAGUCUCUUCUAUUGACAAAAAUUAUCAGUCACUAACAUGGAAGCCCUACCAGACCUCAUAUUGGAACAACCUGUGCAAUGCAAAUUCUGAGCAAAUUCCUACUGUGGGAUACCAUGUGAUCACCGACAAAGGAUUUAACUUUUCAACAGUGGAUGAUGCAUAUGUAUGCCAGAAAAAGAACCACUUUCAGGUUACAGUUCACAUCCGAGUAAUUGGAAACCCCAAAUAUAUCAAGACACAGAUGGGCCUGAAUCCUGUUGACAGCUUUUAUAUGAAAGUCUUUGGAGUAAAGGUAGAAGCUAUGAACCAGACCAUCACCAUUGAACAGUCUCAGUCUGACCGCACUAAGAGAGCCUUCAAUCCUGUUACGGUAAAUUUGCCCCCAGAUCAGGUCACUAAAGUAACCCUGGGAAGGUUACAUUUUAGUGAAACUACAGCGAACAACAUGAGGAAGAAAGGAAAACCAAAUCCAGAUCAGAGGUAUUUUAUGCUGGUGAUUGGCUUAUAUGCUGUAACUAAGGAGGAGACUUGUCUUGUAGUAGCACAUGUCUCUGAAAGGAUCAUUGUAAGGGCAUCCAACCCUGGGCAGUUUGAGAAUGAUAAUGAUGUCCUGUGGCAGCGAGGUCACCUUCCAGAGACACUGGUAUCUCACGGUCGAGUAGGAAUUAACACUGACUCCCCAGAUGAAGCCCUUGUUGUCUGUGGCAAUGUAAAAGUCAUGGGAAUGGUCAUGCAUCCAUCUGACAGUCGAGCAAAGAGGAACAUCCAGGAGGUUGAUUCGUUGGAGCAGCUCAGAAGAAUAGCUAAGAUGAGGCUGGUAGAGUAUGAUUAUAAGCCUGAAUUUGCAACCAUCAUGGGCAUUGAUUCUCUUCACGAAACAGGUAUAAUUGCUCAGGAGGUGAAAAAUGUUUUACCGCAUGCGGUUAAAGAAGCAGGCAAUGUUACAUGCAAAAAUGGAGAGACAAUAGAAAACUUUCUUAUGGUAGAUAAGGACCAGAUCUUUAUGGAAAAUGUGGGCGCUGUGAAGCAGCUCUGUAAACUGACAAAUAACCUUGAAAUGAGGAUCGAGGAGCUUGAACUGUGGAACCAAAAGCUUGCCAAAUUAAAACGAAUAAGCAGCUUAAAGCAAAACAACAGUGAAAGGUCUCAUUCAAGAUACAAUAAGAUCAAUCAUGUGCCACUGCAAAAUAAAGCAGCUCCAAUAAAACCAAAAAACAUUAGUGGAAGAAAAGAGGAAUACCUUAAGGUCCCAACCAAGAAACAACAAUGUCCCAAAAGGAUUUUUCAAACCACUGUAAUCGCUUUGAUUUCUGUUAUGGCACUUUGUGCUUUGACCAUUUCCACGUUGUAUAUCCUCUAUGUCCAAGAGGAAGCCAUUGAUCGAGAACAACCACCAUUACAGAAUAAUUUUACAGACAUCGCAACCUCAUUAAUGCCAGUUUACACUACCAUGGCUGCAACUCUAUCUAUGUCUACAACUACCCAACAUUCACCAGCGGGAGGACAGGAAAUUAACUUCUGUGAUAUCUUGCCCUGUGAUCAAGAAUACUGCUGUUCAAUCCAGGAAAGCAAGCUGAGAAAUAGUUUUGAGAAAAAGCCAUAUUUAUUAAAAAGAAAUCUUAGCAACAUUGCAGCCAGUAGGGGAUGGCACGAAAAACCAGGAUUUUCAAGUGACUGGAUUGACACAUCAAUCAGAUCAAUGCAGAUUGUGGAGAGUCAGCAAGUGUUAGACCAUCACUUUUGUAGAAAAAGCUUACAGUGUGGAUCUGGUACUUAUUUCUAUGCCAUACCAGUGAAUAAGUACACUCCUACCAAUAUGCGGAUUACUUUAGAGAUCAACACUACAGAACCACUGAUCAUAUACCAGUGUAAGAUGACACUGGGAAAUAUCUGCAACCGAGGAACUUACAACAGGAAAAAAAGAGAUGCUUCUCCAGAGUCAACGCAGGGCCUCCAGCAUCACUGGACUCUCCCAGUAGCCCGGCUUUUUGACAGUGAAUAUCAUUUCCGUGUAGCCACACCAGAUCUUGCAAACUGCUCUACAGAUCCACACUUUGCUGGAAUCCUAUACACAGACUAUUACCUUUAUUUUUAUCGGGAAUGUAAUUAGACCACGUCUUGCUAUUUCUCCCUGCUCGCACAUACUCACUGUACAGCGCUGCAUUAGGAAUGGAUAAUAGUGAUGUCCUGUUAACUUUUCAUGUUACAUUAUUUUAAAUGAGUACGCAGGAAACAUGAACGCCUAAUGUAAAUAAGAGAAGUACCACAGUCUAGUGUAUAUCUUUGCUGAAACAAAAGGAUCUGAUUUAUGUUUCGUCAUAUGCACUUCAGUGUGAUCAAUACUGUUCGCUGUUCGUCCUGAGAACUAAAGUUUUUUUAAAUCAUUGAUCACUUACAUUUCCUGUAUUGUAUUAUUAUAAUUUCUUUAAGUAAAAGAAUCAUUGUUAAAUAUGUUAUAAGUUAUAAUGCUAUAGGUAAAUUGCUUGUGAACCGUGUGCGGGAAUGUCUGUUAAUACAAAUGAUGUCAUUACAGAUUCUGCUCAUUCAGCUCAUUGUGCAUUUUAGUUUUCUCCAACAGUUUCUCUCCAAACAGUAAAUUAUUCAGUUGUAUAUUUUGCCCUUUUCCUUAUAUUGAAUUUAAUAGUAUGCAGUCAUAACAUUGUUUGUAACUGGAUAGCUAAUUCACCAGGAAAUAUAGUGGGUCUACUGAUGCUUUUGUUAUUAAUACAGUCAGAAACUGCAUUCUUUGAUGUUUAUAUAGUAAUAUAUUUGUAGAUUGAAAUUAAGUAGUUGGUAUCAAAGACUGUUAUUUCUAAAGCUAGCCAAGGCUGGGAUAUAAGGAAGGCAAAAAGGGCAACUGGCCAGGGGUCUCUCUAACCCGGAAGCCUCUACCUCUCUCUUCUCUAUAACACUUAGCAGUAGCCAAUAACAUGGCAAUUUGAAAUAUUAAAGUGUAUUUCAAUAUGUGAUAAAAAGAGAAGUGAACCUAGCCUCUCUGCUGUCUGAGUGAUCUCACAAAGAAGGGAGUUACAUGACCAAGGCAGUGAUGGAGGCUCAUAUGACUUAAAGGCUGUGUCAACAUCUCUUAGAUACAAAGCAUUAUACCACUUCUUCAAGGCUGGUAAGUGGUUUCUAGUUCUCCAAAUAUGGGGCCAGUGCCUUCACAUCUCUACCUUUCAAAUCACCACUUAUUAUGGGGCAUUAAAGGAGAUAAUGAUAUUGCCUAUUAUGACAUAAUUGCACCUAUGGAAGUCACCACUUCUAUAACAUCAUCACCUCUGUGACAUCAUGAAAGGCACUUGUGCCCUGCAUGGAACCAAGUUGCAUCUCUAAUAACCCUCCUGAUAAGCAUUGGCCAUCGUAAUUUGAUGCCUAUGGCAUCAUCAUUAGCUUGAGAAUCCCCUUAAAUGGUCCACAUCUGAUCCCUGUAAGCAUUUUUGGCAGCUUUCAAUGCUGGUAAUAAAUAACUUCUAUCACAGCAUCUCAUGUAAUAGAGCCUUAAAGGGCCCAUAAAGCCAUAACAGGCAGUAUCUAUUAUGUCACCAAAUUAGCUGGUAUCCAACAGAACCAAUGAAACCAUAGCAUCAUCGGCAGUGAUGCUGGCCCUCUGAUGUCAUGCCUGUGAGAUCACAUUUGAAACUUUAAAGGAUAACACCAUGACAUCAGCAUGGUCUGUCCCUGCUCCAGGUUGCAGUAACCACAGAUUUCGGGCAGUUGCACUUCCUGGUGAUCAAUAUAUAGCACAAUUUGUAAAUGCAAUGCUGACCAUCCUCUCAUGAUAUCAUCAGUAGUAACAUCGCUGUUCAUUUGUGAGCCUUAGGAGACAUGUCAGAGAAUGUCACUGACCCUUUUCAUUAUCACCCAGGGCUGACCUUAGGGAUAUGCAGUCUGUGAAGACCACUGGCUUUGAUGAGUAUGUGCAGCCUGUGCUUGCAUCCCCAAUACCUAACUUGGUGGCCAGACCUGUGAAAAUUCUAUAGCACAGAAUCCAACUAUAUUUAGGCUCGCAGCUGAUCCAGAGCCACUGCCUUUCUGAUAUCCUCUGCCAGACCAUACAUGAUUGUCAUGUACAAUGUCCACUUGAUCAGUCACUGGCCUCAGUGGUCAUCUGCCAUACAUGCAGAAAUAGAUGGGCUGUAGCGUGAUGUGAAUAAUAAUCACAACAAUGUAUAAGGAAAGAAGAUAAUGCACUCACUGCUUGUUACGAUGCAGAAAUACAAGCUUUAUUUCCAAGGGAAUACAAAAGCUUCAGUAGUCAGGACAGGUACACAGGGAGCUCGGGUGUUACAGGUGAAGCGG